AUGACUCAUUUUGCACAUAAAUAUAAUAUGUGUAAUAAGGUGUUAUGUAAAAAUUUAUUUUAUUUUUCAGAGGCGUUGGCCAAGUAUAGGACUAAAAAUGGCGCAUUACCUACGUCAAUAAUUAUAUAUAGAGAUGGUGUUGGAGAAGGCCAAAUAUCACACGUCCAUAAGACAGAAGUUAGACUUUUGCAGACUGCUUGUGAACAAUUUUAUGGGAAAAGUUCUGUUCCAUUAGCAUUUGUUAUAGUCAUAAAACGAAUUAGUACAAGAUUUUUUGCUCUUAGCAAUAGAGGGCCUGAAAAUCCUCUACCCAGUACAAUUAUUGAUAGCGUUGUUACAGAUCCAACUAAGUACGAUUUCUUUUUGGUAUCACAACAUGUAAGACAGGGCACUGUAACUCCUACACAUUAUCAAGUCAUUGAAGAUACACUUGGACUUCCUCCGAAUAUUAUGCAAAGACUUACAUUCAAGUUGACCCAUAUGUACUACAAUUGGUCGGGUACAGUUCGAGUUCCUGCUCCAUGUCAGUUGGCUCACAAGUUGGCUCACAAGUUGGCAUUCCUCACCGGGCAGAGUCUCAGACGUUCGCCCAACAUUGGAUUGGAUGAGUUGUUAUACUUCCUUUAAUAAACCUUUUUUUCUGAUAAUAUGUCAUUCAACUAUAAAUGCUGUGUAAUAAUAAUUUUUUAUGAAGAAAUAUUUAAAUUGUAAUAGUUGUUGUACUUCUGUUAUAUAUUACUGUUACCUUUUAUUUUUU